AUUGCUAAGUUUCGAAGCGCGUAAAAUGUAAACGUAUUUUGAGAUUGAUAUUAGUAAUACACGAUUCUUUUGACUGAUAUAUUUAUGUUACUAUUAGUAGCAUACUCUUUUAUGAAUAGUAUAAGUAAAGUUGACCUGACGAUCUAAACUUUAAUAGAAUUAUAUAAUGUCUAGUUUAACUUUAAGUUAAACUGUUAGUGUAAGAGAAGUUUGUUUUCUUCGAAAAUGUCAGAAGGGGGUUUGGCUAUUCCAACUCAAAAUAGUGCUACAGUUAGACCUAACAACGACGUUCAAAGCGUAAAUCGCAAUGAAGUAGAUCCUAUACUAACACGACUAAAGAGGAUUUUGAGAAAAUUUCGUAAAGAUGAACUUGCAACAGUUGUAGCAACUUCAGCUGUUUUCAAAAUUGCUGAAGUUGACAUCAAUCGUCAACCUAUUGACAAAGAGGCCUUAAUUAAAGGACUUAUAUCCGUCCUCGAGGAUGUAUCAGAAAUGCAAAGAAUUGUCCCUCUAUUGGAGUUAUUAUACAUUCGUCUUCAUUCAAACAUGAGAACAUGGCAUGUUUUACAAGUGAGAAACAUGGAAGAACAGCAAGAAAAUGUUACUCCAGAGUAUUUUCAGAAGUUGCUAAGUGAUUACUUGAACAGAAGUAAAUAUGAAGUUAAUGUUACUUGUCAACUGUAUGAAGAAGGAUUGUGGACCCGCAUUUCUUUCACAGAACCUGUUCGUAAAAGAUCUCAGAUGGUGGUGUUCAAAGAAAGCACUUCUUUUCUUCUCUACUACCCAUGGACACCUUAUGUUUUGUAUUGUGAUCUGAAAGUUGCCCAUCAAGAACUUGUACAGAGGGCAAUUCUUCAGACACUUCGAGGUACCAAAGUGAAAAAACUUCCUUUGACGGGACAUAAAAUAAGUGCAUUGAUUCAGCUUGCUUGGCAGAAAGACAACUGUCGAUUUGAAGAAAAUGAAGGACUUCCUUAUGUUAUUAAAAAGGAACUGAAGAAACGUAAACCAAAAGAAUUUGUAGAGAACAGUAAUAUUGUGAAUGAGCAUGAACAUGAGUACAGAAAACAGGAAGAUUACGUUGAAAAACAGUUUGGUAUAUAUGAGCAGCCAUCUCUUGAAAAUAUCUUGUAUUCUAUUAAAACAAGUUUUUAUGGCCUUGAUGCAUCCGAAAAGAAUGAACUUGAUGAUCACCAAGUAGUUUGUACGGUCAACUUUAAAGGUCAGUCUGUUCUGGAAGGAAUCAGAGAGCUUGUCUGCCAGGGGAUUGCAGACAGAGACUUGCCAGACUAUGUAGGAAACCUUUCUCAUCUGGGUGUGAACAAGGUGACAAUAAAAGAAGACAAAUGAUGUGACUAGGUGAAAUGCCUGUGAUUUUUAACAAACUUUUUGACACUUCUGUUUUAUUAGGUUUAAGUUAGAGCCAAUAGUGUAUGUUCAUAUGAUGUAGUUGUAUUUUAUUGUUUUGCGUCCAACGCUGCUAUCAGUACAACUGAAAGUUAUUCUAGUUAUACAUGGUUGCUAAAUCUUUUAAUUGAAAAUAAAGUUUCCCUUUUGUGAGGUCACUUGAUAAAAGCUUUACAGAAAUCCAACAAAUAUUUUAGAUAAGCAAGAAAUUUUAAAACUUAGAAACUCUGUGAUCCUUUUAAAAGAUUCAUACCAGCCGAAUGUUGUUGUAAAAUCAUUUUUUACAUAAAUUCAUUAUGUUGACUUAAAAUCUCAGUACAAGAGUUUACUAGAUUUAAAUUUGUGAGUAUUAUUUGUAUUGUGUACUAAUUUUAAAGUUUUAGAAAAUACUGAAAAUAUUCAUAAUGCAUUAGGAGUAAUACAAGGAGAAAACUUUUUUUUUGUACCAUCACAACUAGUACAUUAACUUCAUAGGAGUAACACAAUAAGAUAUUUUUUUUUAGUAUCAUAACUGGUACAUUAGUUCCAUGUUUUACGAGUUAUUAGUGAAAUAACAUUUCAUUUUCUCUGCUAAACUAGUUAUUAGCUAAUUUCAGAAACUUUUAUAAACUUGUUUAAGAACAUUGAAGAAUUUUUGUAUAGUUUUAGAUAUGAUCUUCUAAGGGUUUGACAAGAUUUGUGUAAAAAUAAAUUUUUAAGGUGACA